CCAUCUAAAAUAAUUUGACCAAAUCUUUCAUCUAUAUAUAUAGACAGUUGCCAAUAUAACGAACUAUCAUUCUUCUGUUGCUUGCUACGGCUACUUUUUCAUCUUCAUUGAAGCCAGAAAAAAAAAGAACCUGUUACCCAUUUAAACAUCAUUGGUAGAGAGGCUUGUGAGCAAAAGGAGCCUUCUUCUUCCUCCAUGAAAAUGGAAGGUAAUGAUACUGCGAGUUCUUCGAAAGUAGCAGGCCCUGAGAUGAAGCAAGAUCCAAAGAAGGGAAAGGAGAAAGAUGAAGGAAAAGACACAGUGCCAUUGUACAAGCUUUUCUCAUUUGCUGAUCGGUUAGAUCGUUUGUUGAUGCUUGUUGGAACAGUUGGUGCUAUUGGUAAUGGAAUCUCCAUGCCAUUAAUGACUCUAAUAUUUGGGAAUAUGAUCAAUGCAUUUGGAGGAAACUCAAACACCAAAGAAGUUGUUGAUGAAGUUUCCAGGGUGUCACUGAAAUUUGUGUACUUGGCUGUGGGAACCUUUUUCGCAUCACUCAUGCAGGUGGCUUGUUGGAUGGUUACUGGGGAGAGACAGGCAGCACGAAUCAGAGGCUUAUACCUUCAAACAAUCUUGAGGCAAGAUGUUAGCUUCUUCGACAAGGAAACGAAUACCGGCGAGGUUGUUGGAAGGAUGUCCGGCGAUACUGUUCUUAUUCAAGACGCCAUGGGAGAGAAGGUAGGGCAGUUUAUACAGUUGAUGGCAACAUUCGUUGGAGGUUUUAUCAUAGCAUUUGUCAGAGGAUGGCUUCUAUCAGUUGUCAUGCUGUCUUCUAUUCCACUUCUUGUGGUGUCUGGUGCUGCAAUGACCAUGGUUAUUCAAAAAACAUCUUCUCGCGGACAAACAGCUUAUUCUGCUGCAGCAAGCGUAGUAGAGCAGACUAUAGGCUCCAUUCGAACGGUUGCAUCAUUCACUGGGGAGAAACAAGCUGUAAUUAAGUAUAAUCAGUCACUAAUCAAAGCUUACAAGACCGGUUUGCAAGAGGCCCUGGCUUCUGGUUUCGGUUUUGGCGUACUGUAUUUUGUUAUUAUUUCUACUUAUGGUUUGGCUAUAUGGUAUGGCGCCAAAAUGGUAAUCGAGAAAGGAUAUAAUGGAGGCGAGGUUAUCACUGUAAUCUUUGCUCUAUUGACCGGAUCCAUGUCUCUUGGUCAGGCAUCGCCGAGCCUAAGCGCGUUUGCUGCAGGGCAAGCGGCGGCGUUUAAGAUGUUUGAAACAAUUAAAAGGAAGCCGGAAAUCGAUGCUUCUGAUCCCAACGGUCUAAAGCUCGACAACAUUCGUGGAGACAUAGAGCUUAGGGAGGUCUGCUUUAGUUAUCCUACAAGGCCGGAUGAACUGAUAUUCAAUGGAUUUUCGCUUUCAAUACCGAGUGGAACUACUGCAGCUCUGGUGGGGCAAAGCGGGAGUGGGAAAUCAACGGUUGUUAGUUUGAUUGAGAGAUUCUAUGAUCCACAAGCCGGUGAAGUUCUCAUUGAUGGUAUCAACCUCAAAGAAUUUCAGCUGAAGUGGAUCAGGCAGAAAAUUGGCCUAGUUAGCCAGGAACCAGUUCUCUUUGCUAGUAGCAUUAAAGAGAACAUUGCUUAUGGAAAAGACGGUGCAACCGAUGAAGAAAUCCGAGCCGCAGCAGAACUCGCCAAUGCUGCAAAAUUCAUAGACAAGCUUCCUCAGGGAUUGGAUACAAUGGUUGGUGAGCAUGGAACUCAGCUCUCUGGAGGACAAAAGCAGAGAGUUGCAAUAGCAAGAGCGAUUUUGAAAGAUCCAAGAAUCUUACUUCUUGAUGAAGCUACAAGUGCGCUUGAUGCCGAAUCUGAGAGGAUAGUACAGGAGGCAUUGGACAGAAUAAUGGUAAACCGAACAACUGUCAUUGUCGCGCAUCGUCUAAGUACUAUAAGAAACGCUGAUGCAAUUGCUGUUAUUCAUCAAGGAAAAAUAGUAGAAAGAGGUAGAAAUCUCAUUAUCUUGUUGAAAGAAACCUUCAUAGUUAGCUUAGAAAGAAUUUGGUUUUUCUUACAAUUUCCUAUUGUUCGAUCAGGUUCGCAUGCUGAGCUCACGCGUGAUCCUGAGGGGGCCUAUAGCCAGUUAAUUAGGCUGCAAGAAGUUAAAGGCGCAAAUCACAAAGACAAACCAGAAAGUAUUUUGCAUUCUGGAAGAAUCUCGAGUCAUCGAUCUUCUUCUAUAAGAUCUCUAAGCCAUCAAGAAUCAUUCGGAAUUGGAAACAGCGGCCGCCACUCAUUCACAGCACCGUUUCCGGUUCCUACAGCAGUUGGCCUCACGGAAUCGCCACCCGAAGCUCCUACUUCUUCAACUGUCUCACCUUCGCCACCGGAAGUUCCUCUUCUUCGCCUCGCUUCUCUAAACAAGCCUGAGAUUCCAGUCUUAUUCAUGGGAUCAGUAGCUGCAGUGAUAAGUGGAUUGAUAUUUCCAGCUUUCGGCCUAGUGCUUUCGAAAAUGAUCACAAUUUUCUACGAACCGGCUCAUAAGCUUCGCCACGAUUCUCGAAUUUGGGCACUGGUGUUUGUUGGACUUGGAGCACUAUCAUUGUUUGUGUACCCUUCUAGAUUCUACCUUUUCGCCGUCGCCGGUGGUAAGUUGAUCAAGAGGAUCCGGGAGAUGUGUUUCGAGAAAGUGGUCAAUAUGGAGGUGAGCUGGUUCGACGAAGCUGAUCAUUCAAGCGGAGCGAUUGGUGCUAGGCUUGCUACUGAUGCUGCUUCGAUCCGAGCUAUAGUCGGGGAUGCACUUGGAUUGAUGGUUGAAAACAUUGCUACAGCAGUUUCUGCCUUGGUGAUUUCUUUUGAUGCCUGCUGGCAACUUGCUCUUAUAGUUCUCGCUUUGGCGCCUCUGUUGGGGCUAAAUGGAUAUGUGCAGUUCAAGUUCUUGGCAGGAUUCAGCUCUGAUGCAAAGAAAUUGUAUGAGGAAGCAAGUCAAGUGGCAAAUGAUGCUGUAGGGAGUAUUAGAACAGUUGCUUCCUUCUGUGCUGAAGAGAAGGUGAUGGACUUAUACCGCGAAAAAUGCGAAGGACCGAUCAAGACAGGGAUAAGAAAGGGAAUAAUCAGUGGUAUAGGUUUUGGAGUAUCAUUCUUCAUGAUGUAUUGUGUUUAUGCAACUAGCUUCUAUGCCGGAGCUCGUCUCGUGGAUGAUGGAAAAUCAACAUUCUCAGAUGUCUUCAGAGUCUUCUUUGCUCUCAGCAUGGCAGCUAUUGGAAUCUCUCAAUCCAGCUCCUUAGUCCCUGACUCAACCAAAGCGAAAAGCGCUGCAGCAUCUAUAUUCGCCAUUCUUGAUCGAAAGUCGCGAAUAGACCCCAGUGAGGAAUCUGGAUUAACACAUGAAGUUAAGGGAGAAAUUGAGCUUCACCAUGUCAGUUUCAAGUAUCCAACUAGGCCUGAUGUUCAAAUAUUCUGCAAUCUUAGCUUGACAAUUCGUAGUGGCAAGACAGUUGCACUGGUUGGAGAAAGUGGAAGUGGAAAGUCAACAGUGAUAGCAUUGCUACAAAGAUUUUAUGACCCUGAUUCAGGUCACAUUACACUUGAUGGAAAGGAUAUCCAAACAUUUCAAGUUAAGUGGCUAAGACAACAGAUGGGUUUGGUUAGCCAAGAGCCUGUUUUGUUCAACGACACGAUCCGAGCCAACAUCGCAUAUGGAAAAGGAGGAGAUGCAACAGAAGCAGAAAUCAUAGGUGCAGCAGAACUUGCUAAUGCUCACAAGUUCAUUAGUAGUUUGCAGCAGGGUUAUGACACGAUAGUAGGCGAGCGUGGCGUCCAAUUAUCCGGUGGCCAGAAGCAGCGAGUGGCGAUUGCAAGAGCCAUAGUUAAGAAUCCCAAGAUAUUGCUUCUAGAUGAAGCAACAAGUGCACUUGAUGCUGAGUCUGAGAAAGUGGUUCAGGAUGCACUUGACAGGGUUAUGGUGGACAGAACCACCAUUGUGGUGGCACAUAGGCUAUCUACAAUCAAAGGUGCUGACUUGAUUGCAGUAGUUAAGAAUGGUGCUAUUGCAGAGAAGGGUAAGCAUGAAGCUUUGCUCAAUAAGGGAGGUGACUAUGCUUCAUUGGUAGCAUUGCACACAAGUGCUUCAUCUUAGAUUGAUUUUCAGAUGAAUACAAUUUAUUCAUUUUUGAGAAAUUUUCUAUCUACUUUAUUUUAUGUAGUCCAUUGUGUUAACAAUUAUAUAUGCAUAUUCAUUCUGCACAAUGUGCACAGGUUUAAGUCUAGUGAAAAGAAAUAAGUAAUAACACAUCUUCUCAAUUUAAGUAUCAA